AUGACGGUUGGUACGAAAAGAAUGGUCAAGCGUAAUGUUGUUGUCCGAAAACUUGAUUCUCUUGAAGCAUUGUGUGGUAUUACAACCAUUAGCCGCACGAUUCCAACAUUCUAUAGACAUUUGCUCAGACAAGACCGGUACCUUUACCCAAGGCAAACUGGUGGUGAAGAAAGUUUGAAUUCCAAGGAAGGGAACAUACUCCGUAGUCACCUCUGAUAACCCCCUUGAUCCGACCAGAGGCGAGCUAUCCUACGCUCAAGCAGCGCCUGCGGAAGUUUUCAAUGAGAGAGGACCUGACGAGAAAAACAUGACACCCUCCAACUACGAAGAUCUUCACAGAGGUAAUAAUGACCUUGGGCACUUCCUCAAUAUUGUUUCUCUCGCAAACUUGGCCCAUGUCCACCAAUCCGAGAACGAAUGGAAAGCCCACGGUAAUCCAACCGAAACUGCCAUUCAAGUUUUCGCUUCCCGCUUCCCGCUUCAAUGA